AUGCGGCUUUCUAGCAUCACGCUCGGAGUCAUUGGCGCCCUCGCACCAUUGAUCCCUCUGGUCGCAUCCCAUGAGACCCAUUUGGCUUAUCUGCCAACAUCGGCAUCGAAUGAGGAACCGUCCUCAUAUCUGUCCGUGAAAUGGUCCAUUUUGCACAACUCGCUCUUUGCGAAUGGUAACCAAGUAUUCCCGCCGCCUACGGCCAUGCGAUUGAAUGUGCCUCGCUACGACGGGUCACACAAGACACCUGUGGACCUGGUGCCACUCUCUUACUCGCUCAAUGCUCGCCCUCUCUCCAUCAGAGAAGCGGCCUCCUCGGACGACGUUGUGAGAGUCAGCGUGGACCUACUGAACGAAUAUGGUGAUUUCGUCACCCCCAGCACGGUGCUGAUUGAUCUCCUUCAUCUACCGGAAGGCGACCCCCGCAUCAUUCGCAUUCGAAUCCAAUCAAACGAGGUCAUGGAACGAAGCGCCUCCGGCUCCGCAUCCACGGUGUCUUCCUUUGCGCCCUCUUCCGACGACGAACUUCGAACUAUCAAGGCUGACUCAGAAGCUCUUCCCUCUGGAGAUAUCUCCGGCAGCUCGAAAGAUGCAGGUUCGCAUACGGGGUACAUCUUCUCGCCAUAUUGGUCCCCACCUACUUGGUCACCGGACCGACGACCACAUCCAUACCGACACCCAAAGGGCCACCCUCCUUCUGCUCUGGGCCGUCUCGUGCGGCCUGUUGUUUUACCGGCUCUGCUUGGCACCGCUGCGGGCUUAGUUGCUUGUCUCGUAGGGUUCUGUUUCGGUCAUCUUGCCAUGUCACUCGCGUUACGGUGCAAGAAUGCCAGGAGGUGCCAGUACGACCGUAUACCAUCGACCGAUGAGGAAUACGGCGAACUGUCCGAGAAGGAGCCUCUGGUGACUUCAGGGACCGUCCUUGUCACUAUCUCGGAAGAAGAAGAAGAAGAAGGUUCAAAUCCACCCUGA